AAAUUAUUGAGUAUGAGAAAAUUAAAAUAUUAUUGUAUCCUCCAUGGCAAUUGUACUUUUAUAAAGCACUAAAAAUGUUUGACAUACGUUUUAAUUGGAUUUGGAAGAAGUUGAAUAACUGUUAUUGUUCUUUGGAUGAAAAUGUUUUCAAUCAGUUUUUACAAUCAAAUAAUGAAUUAAACAAAAAGUUGUUGCUAAAUUUUUUGGAAGCUUCUAGCUCUGGUGAAGGAAAAAUGAUUGUAUUUCUAAUAACAGAGCGAGAAAUUGAAGAAGUGCUAGAAUCAGAGUUAGAUAAUGAUGAACAAAAGACUGAAAGUUUAGUAGUUGAAGACACUAGUAGCAUUUAUAUGAAUGUGGAUAUUGAAAAUUUUGAAAAUUCUGCAGAAGUUAAGAAUGUGACCAAUGUUAAAAAUAAUAUAAAAUUUAAAAAAAAAAAUGAAUGUAAAAAGAAAAUACAGUAUAAUAUAUUUUUGAGUAAUGGCAACAUACCGGAAAAUACAGACAACUGUGAAUAUUACUUCUUUUUAAAUAAUUUUACUAAGCCUAUCCCUAUUCCUUUAUCUCUUGAAGAAGCUGAAGAUAUUCUUCCUAAUUUUUUACAAUAUGGAUUUUUGAAUAGUCCACUAAUAAUUAAUUUGGAAGAUAGUUUGAUACAGGUGUACAGUGUGCUUUUAUCAUACAGCGGUCAUAAAAAAGAAUUAACUCAUCUUGAUCGUGAUAAGAUAAAUGAAAUUUCAAUAGAACAAAGCUGGCAAGAACCUCAUGCUAAUUUUUAUGCAAGAGACGAGUUUAUUAAUCAAAUCAACAAGUUCAUAUCACAGAUAUCUGUGACUAUUAAACAAAUUGAAGGAGAUAUAAAGCUUGAGAUUCCUGGAUUUGUAUUGGAGCUGAAUGGUGAUAUUUCAGUGCAAGCUCGUGAUGCUCAACUCAUCUCUAAACUAGAAAAAUUGAUCAGUCAAUGGGAAACAACAAUCUCGGCUGUUGUUGACCUUGUUUUAAAACGUACACCACAUGGUAAAGGUCCAAUGGCUGAAUUAGAUUUUUGGAGAGAGCGUAAUGCAAUUUUGAGUGGUAUAUAUGAACAGUUAAAUACUGGGGUUGUUGAUAAAGUUGUUCAAAUAUUAAAGUUAACAGAUUCAGAGUCAAUUUCUAGUUAUAACUAUUAUAAAGUUGAGUUAGCAAAAUAUUAUGUUGAAGCUAAAGACAAUGUAAGAUUUCUAUCAACACUUGAACGCCACUUUAAAAACUUAAACAUGGGUAACAGCUUUCAAAAUGUGUUAGAUACUGUCCCAUCUUUAAUGAAUGCCUUACAUAUGGUAUGGAUUAUUUCACGCCAUUACAACAGUGAUGAAAGAAUGGUGCCUUUGAUGGAGCGAAUUGCAUGGGAAAUAACUGAACGUGUUGCAAGAGUUAUAAAUAUUCAUGAAGUACUUAGGGAGCCACCUAAGUUAAUAAAGAAAAAGAUUCAAGAUGCGAAAGCAUCACUUGUUAUAUGGAAAGAAUCGUACUUUGAAGUUCGUGCUAAAAUAGAAGCUUCAGGUAGAGAUGUAAGGUGGGAAUUUGAUCGCAAACGUUUGUUUGAGAGAAGUGAAUACAUGUCAAAGAUUUGUGAUGAUGUAUAUGAAAUUGCUCAGGUAAUUGAGGAAUUUCAUAACAUAUUUGGGGAAGAAUUAAAAUUGGUAACUGGUGAUUCUAAAAGGAUUGACGGUGUGUUAACACGUGUGGAUUCACUCAUUGUACCUUUUGAAAAUAUUGUUUAUGACCCAUUUGAUAUUCAGAGUGCAGAACAAUGGAUCUUACUAAUGGAACGAUUUCAUAAGCAAGUUGUAUCAAUUGAUAAUGAGGCUAAGCAUUUUAUUGAUGAUUCAUUCAAAACACUUCGUUCAGCUGAAGGUGCAUUUAAUAUGUUAUUAAGGUUUCAGCAUAUUCGUUCAAGGGAAGCUAUUAACAAUCAAAUGAUGAAAAAAUUUAAUGACAUUUUAGUUCAAUUUGCAAAAGAGGUCGAUAAAGUUUUUGAAAUAUUUAAAGAACUUGAGGCUAAUCCUCCUAUCAGCAAAAACCAUCCUCCAGUGGCAGGAGCUAUAUUCUGGGAGCGCUCUCUGUUUCAUAAAAUAAAGAGCACUAUUUUGAAAUUCCAAGUCAUGGAAGAUAUGUUGAACAACGAAACAGGAAAACUGGUUACUAAGAAGUAUGUUGCAGUAGCACGAAUAAUGAAAGCUUAUGAAGAUGAAAAAUACACACUUUGGAAAGAGAAAGUAGAAAGUCUGCUGCUCAGCUAUUUAAAGCGAAAUAUUCUUAUUCAAGAUAAUAAACACAUUCAGACUGAUAAUAUUAUUUCACCGACAGAUUUAAAUAGAAGUCUAGCAGUACAGACCUCUGCUAAAAAUUGUGUCUAUUAUUUGGUUGAUUUUCCCGGUGAGUUGUUAGAAAUCAUUCAAGAAGCAAAGUACUUAGAGCAAGCUGGUUUUGUUAUACCAGAAUUAGCAAGAAAUGUGGCAUUGCAGGAAGAUAAAUACAAUCAAACUGUUGAUGAAUUAAACCGUAUGCUAAAACAGUAUCAUAACUGUCUAAUGUCACUUAGUGAAGCUGAAUUUCUUCUUCUGGAUGAGCAUCUUAACCAAUUGCAGCGUACUCUAAAGCCUGGGGAAAAGAGAUUGAAUUGGAAUUCUUUAGGAAUAUCUGACUAUAUUACUAAAUGUGAACAUGCAAUAUCAAAGUUUGAAUCAUUAAUCAAUCAAGUUCAAAAAAAUGCAAGGGAUAUUACCAAUCGACUGCAAGUAAUAGAAAGAUCAAUUUUAUUUCAAUAUCCACAACUUAAACCUGGUGAUGUUUAUCCCGGACCAAAGGACUAUGCUGAAUUUCUUUCAAAUAUACGUGCAAGUGAGAUGGAAUCUCAUUCACGUAAAUAUCGUGCAAUUGGUCCUUUGUUAACUAAAAUAGAAGGAGUUGUUGUGCAUACUAACACUGGAAAGGCUCCAAAGUUAUCCAGUUAUUAUUCAUAUUGGGAGCAGAAAGUAUUUCAUUCUCUAUUAAAGUUUGUGACAAAAAAUCUACAAAUUUUUCUGUCUCAAAUUCAGUCAAAUAAAGUUCUUUUUCAAGUGGAAACAGUAUUAUCUGCUCCAGAAAUCAUUCUUUUACCACCUGCUACAGAGUCAUAUAAAAUGUUAUUACAGGUUGUCAGAGAAACUGUUGAAUGCACUAAAUCAUUUCUCAGAUGGAUGCAUGGCUCAUGUAUUGAAACUUUACCUCAAAAUAUACCAACAGAGGACGAGCCAUUUGUGUUUAGCUUUUUUUCUGACAUUUCUGCACACCCUCAGGUUGUUGAUCUGGUUUCUCAAAUAUCAAAAACUUUGCAAGUAACUCUUGGAGGUUUAAAUAAGUAUUUAAACAAAUGGAAAAAAUACAGAAAACUAUGGAGUCUUGAUAAGGUGAUGAUUAUUGAAAAAUUUGCUUCAAAAAAUCCAAGUUGUGUACAAUAUGAUGAAAAACUUCAAUUUUAUUCAAGUCUUGUUAAUGAGCUGACAGUGCAGCCUACUUCUAAAAUAAUCAACUUUGUUUAUUUGAAUUUGGAGCCUCUGGUAAUAAGUAUUCAAUCUAAUGCAAGAGCUUGGGUCACAUCAAUUGGAAGGUUACUUAAUGUUGCAGUAAAAGAAGAGCUUUAUAAUUUAGAAAAAGAGUUAAAAGGUUACUCAAAUGAUUUAAAAUAUUCUCCUGACACCAUAGAAACUUUAAAAUUUGUGCUUAAAAGUAUAACAAAUAUAAAUGACUUACAGUCACAUAUAGAGUUUAGAAUUUAUGAUAUUCAAGAGCGAUAUAGAACUUUGCAUAUGUAUGGAAUUGAGGUUCCUAUCGAAGAAAGAGAUUUGUCAAAUGCACUGUCAAAGAUUUGGAAUGAUUUGAUGCUUCAAUCAAAACUAGUGGAUACGCGUUUAUGCUCUGCCAAGAAAAAAUUUACUAAACUUACUCUUCAACAAGUUGGGGAGUUUUCUGCUCAGGUAAAAGAUUUUAGAAAAUUGUUUGAAAUAGAAGGACCUGGCACUGUAGGCAAUGAUCUUGACCAAGGGAUCAUUAUUUUAAAACAGUUUAAAGAAAAAUUUUUUAAAUUGAAUCAUGAGCGACAAGAGCUUUUAAAUGCAGAGAAGUUGUUUGGGUUGCCCAUAACAAUGUACUCAGAAAUGCAAACUACAGAGAAGGAACUUAAAAAUUUAGACAUGAUACUUUCUGUUUAUGAAAGAGUAAAAAUUGCGCAGAAUGAGUGGGCAAGUACUUUAUGGGUAAAUCUUGAUGUGCAAGUUAUCCUGAAUGGUCUUGAUAAUUUCAUUUAUGAGUUAAAAAAGUUGCCUAGUGAAGCCAAAAAAAUGUCAUUAUGGUUUACUUUGGAUGAGAAAUUAAAGGAACUAAAAAAUGCUAUUCCCUUGUUCUCCGAUUUGAAGAAUGAAGCAUUGAGGGAGCGUCAUUGGAUGAAGCUCAUGGAUUUAACAAAGAUGAAAUUUGAGUUAAACCCUGACACAUUUACUCUUGAAAAUAUGUUUGCAAUGGAACUUCAUAGGUUUAGUGAUAUAAUCAAAGAAAUAGUAGGCUGUGCUGUCAAAGAAUUAAGUAUUGAGAAAGGAAUUAAUGAAGUUGCUGAAAUAUGGGGUGCUUUAAAAUUUACUAUUCAUAAAUAUAUGAAGGGAACACAAGAACGAGGCUACAUCAUUGGUGCUAUUGACGAAAUACUUCAAACUCUUGAUGAUAACUCUAUGAAUCUUCAAAGCAUGGCAGCUUCUAGAUAUGUUGGACCCUUUUUAGACAGUGUUAAGAAAUGGGAAAAAAGCUUGUCUCAUAUUAGUGAAGUAACUGAGAUAUGGAUGGUUGUUCAGCGUAAAUGGAUGUAUUUGGAGAGCAUUUUUAUUGGAGGAGAUAUCAGAAGUCAGCUUCCUGAAGAAGCAAAGAAGUUUGAUGAUAUUGAUAAAAUCUUUAAAAGCAUUAUGAAUGAAACAGUUAAGAACUCAAAAAUUGUUGAUUCUGCUCAUGUAACAAAUCGGCUAGAAACUCUUCAAAAGCUUUCCACUGGACUUGAAAAAUGUCAAAAAAGUUUAAAUGACUAUUUAGAUAGUAAAAGAAAUGCAUUUCCAAGAUUUUUUUUUAUUUCUGAUGAUGAACUACUAUCAAUUCUGGGUAGCCACGAACCAACAUGUGUUCAGGAGCACAUGAUUAAAAUGUUUGAUAACAUUGCUAAGUUAAAGUUUCAAGAAGGCACUUCACCAAAUGAUUUUAUAACUAUGGGUAUGAUAUCAAGUGAAGGAGAAGAAAUGCUGUUUAAUAUGCCUGUACCUGCUGAAGGGCAUGUUGAAGAUUGGAUGACUAAUGUUUUACAAGAAAUGAGGAAAACUAACAGUAGAAUAACAAAAGAGGCAAUUUAUCGAUAUUGUGAUGGCUGCAGUAGAUCUGAAUGGAUGAUGAAAUACCAAGGAAUGGUGGUUUUGGCUGGCAGCCAAGUUUGGUGGACAUGGGAGGUUGAAGAUGUAUUUGAUAAAGUAAAACAGGGAAAUAAACUAGCAAUGAAAAAUUAUGCUAAAAAAAUGCAUUCACAGAUAAAUGAGCUUGUUAUUAAAAUACGAUCAAAUUUAAAAUCAAAUGAUAGAAAAAAGCUGAACUCAGUUCUUAUUAUCGAGGUUCAUGCAAAAGACAUUAUUGAUAAAUUUGUAAGAGAUAGCAUUUUGGAUUCUCAAGAAUUUGAAUGGGAAAGCCAGCUUCGUUUUUAUUGGGAACAGAAAAUUGAUGAGUUAGUUGUUAAACAAUGCACUGGUACUUUUGGUUAUGGGUAUGAAUAUAUGGGCUUGAAUGGUCGUUUAGUCAUAACACCUCUUACAGAUCGAAUUUAUUUAACAAUAACACAGGCACUUUCAAUGUAUUUGGGUGGAGCACCAGCAGGACCUGCUGGUACUGGAAAAACAGAAACUGUUAAAGAUCUUGCUAAAGCUUUAGGAUUGUUAUGCGUUGUAACAAAUUGUGGUGAAGGCAUGGACUAUAAGUCUAUUGGAAAAAUAUUUUCUGGCUUAGCACAAUGUGGUGCAUGGGGUUGUUUUGAUGAGUUCAAUCGCAUUGAUAUAUCGGUUUUAUCUGUAGUAUCAACUCAAAUUAAAACCCUUCAAAAUGCUCUAAUUGUUGGACUUCGAAAGUUACAGUUUGAAGGUAGUGAAAUCAGUUUAGAUCCUAGAAUGGGAUUAUUUAUCACAAUGAAUCCUGGUUAUGCAGGUAGAACUGAGUUGCCUGAAAGUGUUAAAGCUUUGUUUCGACCAGUUAUGUGUAUAGUUCCAGAUUUACAACUAAUAUGUGAAAUUAUGCUGUUUUCAGAAGGCUUUUUAUUAGCCAAGGAAUUAGCCAAGAAAAUGACUGUUUUAUACAAGUUAGCAGCAGGACAGCUCUCUAAACAAUCACAUUAUGAUUUUGGCUUGCGUGCAUUAAAAUCAGUACUUGUAAUGGCUGGUGAAUUAAAAAGAAACUCAACUGAACUAAAUGAGGAUGUUGUUCUUAUGAGAGCUCUUCGUGACAUGAACUUACCAAAGUUUAUUUUUGAAGAUGUUCCUCUCUUCCUUGGAUUAAUAGCAGAUCUAUUUCCUGGUUUGGAAUGUCCACGUGUAGGCUAUAAAAACCUUAAUGAUGCAAUUGAAGUGGUUUUUAAAGAUGCUAAUUAUAUUUUAAUACCCAAUCAGAUUGAUAAAAUUGUUCAACUUUAUGAAACAAUGAUGACUCGACACACUACCAUGGUUGUUGGACCAACUGGAGGUGGAAAAUCAGUUGUUAUAAAUACUUUAUCUCAAGCACAAACUAAGCUUGGUAUAAAUACAAAAAUCUUCACAUUGAAUCCAAAGGCUUGCUCUGUUAAUGAACUAUAUGGAGUUCUUGAUCCAGUUACAAGAGACUGGACGGAUGGUUUAUUGUCUAACAUUUUUAGAGAUAUAAACAAGCCAACAGAAAAGAAUGAACGAAAAUAUAUUUUAUUUGAUGGAGAUGUAGAUGCACUAUGGGUAGAAAAUAUGAAUUCUGUUAUGGACGACAAUCGAUUGCUAACAUUAGCUAAUGGAGAAAGAAUUAGAUUGCUGCCUCAUUGUGCACUUUUGUUUGAGGUAUCUGAUUUACGUUAUGCAUCUCCUGCUACAGUUUCACGGUGUGGCAUGGUGUUUGUUGAUCCAAAGAAUCUUGGUUACAAUCCUUACUGGAAUCGGUGGCUUUGUACUCGUAGAAAUAAAUCUGAACAACAAGAGUUAAUACGAUGUUUUGAUAAGUAUGUACCAGCACUCGUCAAUAGAGUUAUAGAUGGUGUUGUAGAUGGUAGGAAAGAAGGAAAGCUAAGGACAAUUGUUCCACUAACAAAUUUAAAUAUGGUUACUCAGUUAUGUUCAGUACUUAAAGCACUUCUUCCAGCUCCUGAGACAAAUGUUUUCCAUGGUGAAGUAGUAAUUGAAAGUAUUUUUAUUUUUUCACUUGUAUGGUCUAUUGGAGCAGGAUUGCUUGAUGAUGAUCGUAUAAAGUUUGAUGCUUAUCUAAAAUAUCUAUCAGGCUUACCUUUAAGUAUGGACACUGAAGUUGGAUGUACCCAAAUACCCAUAUUAUUACCAACCCUGUUUGAUUAUUUUUUAAGUCUUGAAAAAUGUGCAUGGAUAUCUUGGUCUUCUAUGGUUCCAAACUACAUUCAUGAUCCUAAUGUUCAUUAUAAUCAGAUUCUUGUACCAACUAUUGACACAGUAAGAAGUAAGUGGUUGGUGAAGCUAAUGGUUCAAAUCAAUCGUCCAGUUGUUUUAGUUGGUGAAACUGGAACAUCUAAAUCUGCAACUCUUCAUAAUUUACUUAGAGAAAUAGACAGAGAUUUUUUUUUGCCUUUGAAUAUAAAUUUCUCUUCGCGAACUACUUCAAUGAAUGUGCAGUGCUAUUUAGAAGGAAAUGUUGAGAAGCGAACUAAAGACACAUUUGGUCCUCCUGUUGGAAAAAAGUUGCUUGUUUUUAUUGAUGAUUUAAAUAUGCCACAGGUUGAUAAUUAUGGUACACAACAGCCCAUUGCAUUACUAAAACUACUGUUUGAAAAAAGUGGUAUGUAUGAUCGUGGUAAAGAACUUAACUUUAAAAACUUUAAAGAUAUUGGAUUUCUUGCAGCUAUGGGAAAGGCUGGUGGUGGAAGAAAUGAAGUUGAUCCUCGUUUCAUCUCUCUAUUUUCUGUUUUUCACAUAACUUUUCCUUCAGAAGAAUCGUUAAAAAAAAUUUAUUUCUCAAUAUUACAAGGUCACCUAAAACCUUUUGCUAAAAGUAUUCAAGCUUUAGCAGAGCUUCUUACAAAUUGCACUUUACAACUAUAUAAAACAAUUGUGGUUGAACUUCCAGCUACUCCAUCAAAGUUUCAUUACAUCUUUAACUUGCGUGAUCUGUCUCGUGUAAUGCAUGGUUUGUGUAUGACUGUACCUGAUAGAUUUUCUGCUCCUGAAAGUUUUAUUAAACUCUGGCGUAAUGAAUUUUUGCGUGUAUUCUCAGAUCGACUGAUCAGCACAGAAGAUAAAGCUCUUGUUGAGAACUAUGUCAGUAGUUUGGUAAAACAGCACUUUAAUCAUCAUUUCGAAUUUGUAAAUCACGAACCUUUAUUAUUUGGAGAUUAUCGUAAUGCACUUACAGGUGAUUUAAGGUUAUAUGAAGAUCUUUUUGACUAUGCAACAGCCAAAUCAAUAUUUGAAGAGGUGUUAGAUGAACACAAUUCGAAAAACAGUCCAAUGAACCUUGUUUUAUUUGAUGAUGCUAUUGAUCAUUUAACAAGAAUCCAUCGCAUUAUUCGAAUGGAUCAGGGACAUGCUUUACUUGUUGGUGUUGGAGGAUCAGGAAAACAAAGUAUUACUCGUUUAGCAGCCUAUGCAGCUGGCUAUGAAUUUUUUGAAAUAACUUUGACAAGAGGUUAUUCUGAAGUAAAAUUUCGCGAAGAUCUUAAAAUUCUCUAUCUAAAGCUAGGAAUAGAUAACAAAAAAGUUGUGUUUUUAUUUACUGAUUCUCAUGUUGCUGAGGAAAGUUUUCUCGAACUAAUUAACAAUAUGCUGACAUCAGGAAUGGUUCCAGCACUUUUUUUUGAUGAAGAAAAAGAGUCAAUUUUAUCAGCUAUACGUGAUGAGGCGCAAACACAUGGUGUACCAGGUUCAAAAGAAGCAUUAUGGCAGUAUUUUGUUACAAAAUGUUCCAAUAACUUGCAUGUUGUUUUAGCAAUGUCACCAGUUGGUGAUGUUUUAAAAAAUAGAUGUAGAAAUUUUCCAGGUUUAGUUAACAAUACUAGCAUUGAUUGGUUCAUGCCAUGGCCGAGGCAAGCUCUUUUUGCUGUUGCUUCAAAAUUUUUAGCUAAUAACCAAUUGAUUCCUGAUGAACACUUUGAUAAUGUCAUUUCUCAUGUGGUUAGAGUUCAUGAAACAGUUGGUGACUAUAGUGUCAUGUAUCUAAGAAAACUAAGGAGGUUAAACUUUGUAACUCCUAAAAAUUACUUGGAUUUUGUGAAUACAUAUACAAAGCUUUUAAGGGAAAAAGAUACUUAUGUUCUUGAACAGUGUCAUCGAUUAGAUGGUGGACUUAGUAAGUUGUUUUCAGCUAGUGAACAACUUGCUGAACUUAAUGAAAAGCUAGCAGUUCAGAAAGUUGCAGUUACAGAAAAAACAAAAUCAUGUGAAGUUUUGUUAUCAGAAAUAUCCGAAAGAACUGGAAUUGCAACUGAUAAAAAGUUGUUAGCAUUAGCAAAAAAGGAUGAGAUUGCUGAACAAAAUGUCCAAAUUAUUAAAGAAAAGGGUGAAGCAGAAGAAGCACUGGCAGAAGCACUACCAGCAUUGGAGGAAGCAAGAAUUGCACUUCAAGAUCUUAAUAAAUCUGAUGUAACAGAAAUAAGGUCUUUUGCAAAACCUCCAAAGGCAGUGCAAACAAUUUCUGAGUGCAUUGUGGUAAUGAGAGGUAUUAAAGAUAUUUCAUGGAAGUCUGCAAAAGGAAUGAUGUCUGAAGCGAAUUUUUUAAAAACUCUUAUGGAAAUGGAUGUAGAUGCUAUUACUACUGCUCAAGUAAAAACAGUAAAGGGAUACUUGAAAGAUUUAAAUAUUACUGUGGAGGAGAUGAAAGAUAUUAGCAGUGCUGGCGCAGGCUUAUUAAAGUUUGUCAAUGCUGUUAUGGGCUACUGUUCGGUUGCUCGUGAAAUCAAACCUAAAAGAGAAAAGGUGGCCAAGUUGGAACGGAAUUUUUACAUGAGUAAACGUGAGCUUGAGAAAAUUGAAAAAGAUGUUUUAGAAAUAGAAGCUGAGCUUAAAGAGUUAGGUAUGAAGUAUGAAGCUGCAAUGAAAGAAAAGGCUGCUCUUCAAGCUGAGGCAGAGGUGAUGGAAAGAAGACUUAUAGCAGCUGAUAAGCUCAUAUCAGGGCUAGGUUCAGAAAAAGUGCGAUGGACUUCUGAUCUUGAAAGUUUAAAAAAGCAACGCAAAUGCCUACUUGGAGAUUGUUUGCUUGGUGCAGCUUUUUUAAGUUAUUUAGGUGCAUUCAGUUGGGAGUUUCGUAACAGUUUGUUGCGUAAAGAAUGGGAAAAUGAUAUUGCUACAAAACAGAUACCUAAAAGCAAUCCUUUUAAAAUAGAUGAACUUUUAACAAGUGAUGUUGAAAUUAGUCAUUGGACAUCUGAAGGUCUACCACCGGAUGAACUUUCUAUUGAAAAUGGUGUAUUAACCACUCAAGCAAGUCGGUAUCCUUUGUGCAUUGACCCUCAGCAACAAGCUUUAAAUUGGAUAAGAAAAAAAGAGGAAAAAAACAAUCUAAAAAUACUAACAUUCAAUGAUCCAGAUUUUUUAAAACAGCUUGAGCUAGCCAUUAAGUAUGGCUUUCCUGUGUUGUUCAAAGAUGUAGAUGAAUAUAUUGACCCUGUCAUUGAUAAUGUACUUGCAAAGAAUACUAAAGGCGAAGAUGGUCAAAAAGUCAUUACACUUGGUGAUAAAGAAAUUGAUUAUGAUCCUGCUUUUAAGCUAUAUUUAAAUACAAAAAUAUCAAAUCCUAAAUUUACUCCAGCACAUUUUGGAAAGUGCAUGGUAGUUAACUAUACUGUUACUUUAAAGGGACUAGAAGACCAACUUUUAAGUGUUAUUGUUGGUUUUGAAAAAAAAGAACUUGAAGAGCAAAGAGAAAGACUUAUACAAGAAACUAGUUAUAACAAACGUCUUCUAAAAGAUCUAGAAGAUACUUUACUUCGAGAGUUAGCUACUUCAACUGGAAACAUGUUAGACAAUGUUGAGCUAGUUCAAACACUUGAAGAGACAAAAGCUAAAGCUACAGAAGUUGCUGAGAAGCUAAAGCUUGGUGCAAAAACAGCUAUUGAUAUUGAUAAACUACGUGAUGGUUAUCGGCCUGCUGCAAAGCUUGGUGCUGUUCUUUUUUUUGUUUUGGUAGAAAUGUCAACAAUAAACUCUAUGUAUCAGUAUUCUUUAAACUCCUAUCUUGAGUUGUUUUACAUGUCUCUAAAGAAAAGCUUACCAGACUCUAUACUUCCUAAACGCCUAAAAAGCAUAAUGGAUACACUUACUAUUAAUCUGUAUAACUAUGCAUGCACAGGUUUAUUUGAGCGUCACAAAUUGUUGUUUUCAUUUCAAAUGGCUAUAAAAAUUUUGCAAGCUGAUAAAAAGCUUCCUCAAGAAGAACUUGAUUUUUUUAUAAAAGGAAAUAUUGCUCUUGAGAAAACAUCUCAAAAAAAACCUUUUCAAUGGCUAUCUGACCAAGGUUGGGAAGAUAUUAUUAAAUUAAGCACUGUCUCGCAUUAUGUUUUUUCAACACUACCUGAAGAUAUUUCACAAAAUGAAAAACUGUGGAGUGAGUGGAAUAACAAUGACUCUCCAGAAACAUGUGCUUUGCCAUUGAAAUAUAAUGAAAUACUUACAGAUUUUCAAAAGCUUCUUCUAUUGCGCUGUUUUCGUGUUGAUCGCAUUUAUAGAGCUAUUACUAAUUUUGUAAUGAUUCAAUUGGGUGAACAAUUUGUGACUCCCCCAAUGAUAUCAUUUGAAGCCAUUUUAGAGCAAUCAUCUCCUUUAUCUCCAGUUAUAUUUAUUUUAAGUCCUGGUUCAGAUCCUGCCAGUGAACUUAUGAAACUGGCUGAGAGAAGUGGAUUUGGUGUUAACAAACUUAAGUACCUAGCAAUGGGACAGGGUCAAGAAAAGCCUGCACUUCUACUGUUAGAAACAGCUGUUAGUCGUGGCCACUGGUUAAUGCUGCAAAACUGUCAUUUACUGGUUAAUUGGUUGAGGGAGCUAGAAAAAAUACUUGAGAAAAUUAGUAAGCCACACCCUGAUUUUCGACUAUGGUUAACUACUGAUCCAACACCAGAGUUUCCUAUUGGUAUAGUGCAAUGUUCCCUAAAGGUUGUUACGGAACCACCAAAUGGUUUAAAGUUAAACUUAAGAAGCACAAUUCAAAAAAUUAGUGCUUUGUCUUUGAAUCAUUGUCCACAUGAAGCAUUUACUACUUUGGUUUAUGUAUUGGCUUUCUUUCAUGCGGUUGUCCAAGAAAGAAGAAAGUAUGGCAAAAUAGGUUGGAAUAUUGCCUAUGACUUCAAUGAAUCAGAUUUUUUUGUAUCUAUGCAACUUAUGGAUACAUACUUGAGUAAAGCCUAUGAACAAGCUGAUUCUAAAAUUCCUUGGGCUAGUCUAAAAUAUCUUGUUGGUGAGGUGAUGUAUGGUGGAAGAGUAAUAGACAACUUUGAUCGUAGAGUUGUAAACACAUAUAUGGAUGAAUAUAUGGGAGAUUUUAUAUUUGAUACUUUUCAACCUUUUCAUUUUUAUCACGAUGAUAAAGUUGACUACUUUAUCCCAAAAUGUCCAGAAAAUGCUGCUCCUAAGAGUGUUAAGCAAUCUACUGACAAAUCAAAAGUGUUGUUACGACGUGAGUUUAAUCGCGAUAUCUAUAUUGAUGCUAUUGAAGCUUUACCCCUAAAUAAUUCACCUAAUGUGUUUGGUUUACAUGCCAAUGCUGAGAUUAGAUAUUACACUAAAGCAGCGAAAGAUAUGUGGAGUCACUUAAUUGAGCUGCAACCACAGACAGAUGUUGAUACUGGUGGUAUUAGUAGAGAUGAAUUUAUUGGAAAAACUGUUGCUGAUAUUCAAAGCAAGAUUCCUCGUUCUUAUGACAUAGCUGCUGUGCGAAAGAAAAUGGGUGACGAAAUCUCUCCAACAUCCGUUGUUUUAUUACAGGAGCUUGAUAGAUUUAAUCUUUUAAUCAAUAAAAUGUCUGUAACACUGAUCAACUUAAAAAGGGCACUUGCGGGGGAAGUUGGGAUGGAUAAUGAAUUAGAUGAUGUGUCGCGUGCCUUGUUUAAUGGCCAAAUACCACAAAGUUGGAAAAAGUUGGCACCUGCUACUCGUAAAAGUCUUUCAUCAUGGAUGGAUCAUUUUAUGCUAAGACAUUUACAAUACAAGAGCUGGAUAGAGGAGUCUGAACCAGCUGUAAUUUGGUUAUCAGGACUUCAUGUUCCAGAAUCUUAUCUUACUGCCCUAGUUCAAGCUGCUUGUCGAAAAAACGGCUGGCCUCUAGAUCGCUCUACGCUUUACACUACAGUUACUUCAUUUGAGAAAAGUAAUGAUGUCACAGAAAAACCUGCUUUAGGCUGUUUUAUUAAAGGAUUGUAUUUAGAAGGAGCUUCUUGGAGUUUGGAAAAAUCAGCACUAUGUAAACCACUACCAAAGCAGUUAACAUGUGAACUUCCUAUAUUAAGAGUAAUACCUAUUGAAAGUCACAAAUUAAAAUUGAAAAAUACACUUCGAACACCAGUGUAUGUGACAUCUGAACGCCGGAACGCUAUGGGUGUUGGCUUAGUAUUUGAAGCAGAUCUUACAACUUAUGAACAUCAAUCGCAUUGGAUUUUACAAGGGGUGUGUCUGACUCUAAAUUCCGAUUAAAUAUAUAUAUAUAUAUAU